CGCGCCGGAAGUGCCUACCUGGGAUAGCGGCGGCGAGGGGCAGACUACGUUUACGGGUUUCCCGGUGGCCCAGAAUCGUGGCUUAUAGAAGAGAUGAAAUGUGGCCUGAGGGACGAUAUGACUAUGAAAGACUUCCAAGAGAACGAGUACCUCCUCGAAGUCACCCCAGUGAUGGCUACCAUAGAGUAGUUAAUAUUGUGCCAAAGAAACCACCACUGCUAGACAGACCUGGUGAAGGAAGCUACAAUAGAUAUGACAGUCAUGUUGAUUACCGAGAAUAUGACGAGGGCCGCAGUUUUUCUCAUGAUCGAAGAAGUGGUCCACCUCACAGAGGAGAUGAAUCUGGUUAUAGAUGGGGAAGAGAUGAUCAUUCUGCAAGCCGACAGCCUGAAUACAGGGACAUGAGAGAUGGCUUUAGAAGAAAAGGCUUCUACUCUUCCCAUUAUGUGAGAGACCGGUCUCCUCAUAAAAGGGAUAAUCCGCUUUUCAGAGAAUCUCCCGUUGGCCGAAAGGAUUCUCCACACAGCAGAUCUGGCUCCAGUGUCAGUAGUAGAAGCUACUCUCCAGAAAGAAGCAAACCAUACUCUUUCCAUCAGUCUCAGUACAGAAAGUCCAUGCGUGCUGGUGCCUCCUACAAAUGGCAGAAUAAAAGAAAGCCAGAAACAGAUAAAGAGAGACCUGUACAGUCUUUGAAAACAUCAAGAGAUACUUCACCCUCAAGUUCUUCAGCAGUUCCAUCAUCAAAGGUGUUAGAUAAACCCAGUAGGCUAACUGAAAAAGAACUUGCUGAGGCUGCAAGCAAGUGGGCUGCUGAAAAGCUAGAGAAGUCAGAUGAAAGUAACUUGCCUGAAAUUUCUGAGUAUGAGGCGGAAUCCACAGCACCAUUGUACAUUGACCAGCCAGAAGAACCUGAGUCAAAUGCAACAGAUGGCAUAGAGUUAUUUGAAGACAGUCAGCUAACCAGUCGCUCUAAAGCAAUAGCAUCAAAAACCAAAGAGAUUGAACAGGUUUACCGACAAGACUGUGAAACUUUUGGGAUGGUGGUGAAAAUGCUGAUUGAAAAAGAUCCUUCGUUAGAAAAGUCUAUACAGUUUGCAUUGAGGCAGAAUUUACAUGAAAUAGGUGAGCGGUGUGUUGAAGAACUCAAGCAUUUUAUUGCAGAGUAUGAUACUUCUACUCAAGAUUUUGGAGAGCCUUUUUAGAUUUUUUUGCUCAGGCAAAAAAAAAAAAAAGAGUUUCUAGAUUCACCCCCCCCCGCCCCCGAUUGCGUAAAUCCUUAAUAUAUGGAAUUUUUGUGAUGAAGAGAAAUACUUUAUGAUAGUUGACCAUACUUCCAGUAUCAAAUAAACAUUUAAAAUAGUCUGUUUAAAAUAUUUUAAUUAGAUUUUUUUUCUACAUGUAAAGCCUCCUAAUUCAUAUGCACCUUUCCCCCCUGCCCCCUAAAAUGAUGGGUCAAUUAAUUUUUCAAGCUUUCCAAAAGCAGUCCUGAAGAACAGCUUUCUGUGCCUACUCAUGUUCUAUAGUCUUCCAAGUAUAUAAUCAUUUGUUUGGUCACAGGAGUGUAAUUUACAGGCUAGAGAUCAUACCACUUAAACAUUAGUAGUCUUUUUGCAUUUCAUAGUGAAUGGUACCAUGUGAAAAUGUUAGAAUGCUGAGUUGUGAUUUUAUUGACUUGUUGCUUGCUUUUCUUAGGCUUUGUGACUUUUAAUAUGUUAAAGUGUACUAUCAUAAUAAACCGAAUACUUUGGUAUC